UUGUUGGAGAUUUCGGCCUGAACAUCCAGAGUGUUGGAUUUUUUAAAUAAACAAUUGUAACAGAUCCCUACGCGGCAGCCAUUUUGAUGAAAAUUUCUGACAAUAGUCUUGUGUUGUAUUAGAAUAUGUGAAACUCCAAUUAAUUUUUGUUGAUUCCCUUAAUUUAUUGAUUUUAUUUUGUAUUUUGGAAUGUAGAGCAAGUGUCAAACAAUUAACAAAGUUCUUACGUGUAUUGUACAUGCUAGGUUAAUAAUUAUAUAUUCUUUCAAUGUGGGAAAAGAUAAGAGUUAAAAAUAGAAUCAUCCUGUUAAAUCUCUUUGCUUAGAGAUAUGCAAUGGAGAAUGAUGAAAGGAAGCUGAAUAUGUUUGUACAGCAGUAUGCCACUAGAUCAUUGGUAGGUGAAAUGGCAAUAUUGUUUUUGAGUCAUUACGAAUGGUGGACAUCAGAGAAGAAAAUAUAUCCCACAUCAAAAUGAAGAGAAAAUGUAUUUGGGAGUAAGAGUCAAUUAAAGAUGUAUUCUUCUCCUGAAAUCCAUUUUUGUGAAAUUUGGACUGCAACACUCAGCUGAAGAAUUUAUGACAGAUUGUUGUUGAAAUGUGUUUGGCUGGAAAUGGAUUUAUUUUGUAGAGGUGUAAUUUCGGCCGAUUGAUGUUGGAAAUGAGCAGGUACUGCAACGGCCAUGCCCAAGUGGCUGAUGGUAUGGCUACCAAAAAAGAACACAAGAUAAGAAAAGGCAAAAUGGUUCCAAAUAAAGAUGAUAUUACUACCCCUUCAUCCAUGCUAGUUGAUGACAGAGUGAAGUUUUCUGACAAGUUGAAAGCUCUUCUUAAAAAUGGAGCAUCUUUGAAAGAAGAACAUGUUAUUGAUGACCCAUAUACUUUUAGUGAACCUGAACCUCAAGCACUACGACUUUAUCAAAAGUCUAGUGUCAGUAAUUCAUAUACUAAGAAGUGUAGUGCUAUAAACAGAAUUUGUCAAGUGACAGGAAGGAAUUCAAAACUCCCAGUGACUGAUAUAGGUGAAACAAAGGUGAAAGUGGAAAAUGUGAAAAUGGCAAGACUUUUACCAUCUGUGACCUCUCCUAUUACAGACCAAUUGGCUACAGGGAAUAGAGUUACUGAUCAUAGAGGUUUGGAUGAUGAAAAUUCUAAAACCAUUAGUAAACUCCACACAAAGGUAUCCCACAAUAAAGUUGUUGGAAAACACAAGAAGGUGAGAUCAUCUAGUCCUUGUCAGGAAGCUGUGCUAAGUGCUAAAAGACGUGAGCGUAGCCUUCUGGAAGAACAAUUGUUAGGACUUGGUUCUGAUGUAACUAUUAAAAAGGAGCCGAAUAGUGUAUCAUGUACUUCAUGGCACAAAACACAAGCCACAAGUCCUUCGCAAACUAAUGUGAUAAUGCUGCCUUCCAAAAGGCAGCAGAGGAGACCUUUGCCAAAGUUUCUUCAAGAGAAUUUGGAUGAGAAAUUGCAGCAAGUGCAGGUAGCUCAUAAUUCUCUCUUGGACUACAAACAGGAUCUUUUUCCAUUAGGAGUGGAGGUUUCAGAUAGUGAGGAAAGUGAUCUUGAAGAAGAGACAAGUAUUUUUCAACGGCAUUGGUUCUCAGGCUGUGGAGAGCCAGGUGUGUGUGGUACUAGUGAUAGUGAAGGACAAAGAGAAGGACGUUUGGCACAGUUGCGUUCAGAAAUGCGUCGAAAGUUGGGACAGAUGUGGGCUGGUAUGCCUGUACACCAUGCAGGUGUUUUGGUUGGUGCUCUUGUACAGUCAGCACGCACACAUCCUACACAGUCAGCUUUACUUCUUCAAGCAGGGAGACGACAUUGGCGUCAGUCAAAACACAAUAGAUCUAAGCUGACAAUGCUUGUUAAACGGGUUUGUAGCUAUCGCAAGGGUGAAUCAGAUGCAUGUUCUAAUCUGGCACUUCCGUGCACACAACAUUGUGUUCGUCAUAUUAUGUACAAUGUGGACCAAUUGUUAUAUGAGCACUGUACUGCAAAGUUUUCUGACAAUACUCAGUGCUGUGUUCCUGUAUUUGAUGUGUGUCAUGAACUGCCUUUAUGUUUGGAACAUGCCAGAAAGAGGGAUAAUUAUGAUAGAAUGUGUGCAGAAACUAAACCAAAGAAGGUACGGAAGAAGGCUAAACCUUCUGCCAUGACUCGACCAAGUAAACGUGGUAAGAAGAAACGACGUAUGAAUAGAUAUUCAGAGCCGUGUUCAGUGGAUAGUUCAAGUCAGCAGUUAGGCACUCCUAGUGAGUGUCCAAAUCCACAGUAUGAACAUAGCUCUGAAACAGAUAAUAAUGGAGGAGAAAAUUCUUCUCCAUCUGAAAGUUUUGAAACAUACAUUAAAGAGGAGCCUGUGGAAAUCCCAACACCUGAGCCUGCAGUUUUGCCUGAGGCAGAGGCAUCAGUGCCAGAUGUGCAAGUUGUGGAGGAGGAAGUGGUACUGAGCAUGGCAGAAGAACUUCCUCUGGAUCCUGUAGAGUUGGCCAAUCAAGCUUCUCGUCUUCUUGAAGAGCAUGAUCUUACCAAUGUUUUAAAUCAAAUUCCAGCAGAUGCAUUUAAUGACCUAUUUACUGAAGAUAAAAAUGGUGAAUAUGAGCCAACAAGAGAAGAAACAGAAGAAUUGGAGAGAGCUUUAGAAGCAGUUGAUAAGGAUGUGAAGUCCCUAGAGAAACUGUCGCAAACUCAGGGUUUACUGGAUUCCUUGACAGAUGAGCAUGCGCUACUCCAGACUUUAGCCCAAUUGCCUGAGGUGCCUGCACUCACUGUGCCAGGUAUUGUACCUGUGUUCACAUCAUACCACAAUGGUUUUGUUGUUAAUUCACACAGUUCAUCUUCAAUGGACAAUAAGAAUAUGGUGGCACAUUCGUCAGAAUCUCCAUCGGUUCUUCCGUAUCCUACCAUAUCAAUUCAGACUCAGACAGACAUGCCUUCUUAGCAGUCUCUGUCAGUUGUGACUCUGUGUGAACAGUCACCAAUGUCACCACAAACGUUGUUUGACACAUCUUAAGCAUUUAGUGAGAUAAUGUGUGGACAGUCACUUUGUGUUGAGUCGAUGAACUAGAACUGACUUAUUGGUCAUGCCCUGGAAUCUAAAUGUAUAGUAGUGUAGAAGUGUUCAGCAAUGUAUCUUCCUCACAACUCAUUUACAUUUUUCACAAAAAUUAUUUUUAUUCAAAGAAUUUGUAUAAUUUAUGGGAUGAACUUCGUGUGAAUAUCACAUGCCAAAUACUGAUUUAAGAUGCAGUGUAACAAACGGUUAGAAGAUCAUUGUGAGAGCAUUAAUGAAUGAAAUGAGGGGUGAAGAUAUGGGACUGUUGUGUUUAAAAUAGAAUGUAUGUAAAAUUUUGUUCUGCUGGUGGCAAUAUGUGUAUUCAUUUUGGUGUAACUUCUAGUAUUAAAUUUUGUAAAAGUUGAGUAGAAUCAACUGAACAUUUUAGUCAUUGUUUUAGGUAUAUCACUUGUUCAAAAUUACAUAUCUUAAUACCUCUAAGGGAGGUAGUGUUAUGCAUGAAUAGAUUGAGAUAGGAUCUAGGACAUGUGAAACACUUGCAGUUUGGCACAUUCAUAUUAUCGUAGACAUUGCUGUAAAUAUACAGUUAACCACAUAUUAAUACUUACAUAUUUUUUAUUGUAAUAUAUAAAUCGUGUGUAUGAAGAAAUUUUGAAUCGAAUGUUGAAAAUAAGUAUCUGAAGAAAUUGCUAGACAUCUUAUUUUGAUAAAUUUGACCAUGCUGGUUUUAAAUUUCAGAUAUUGAGAAGUGCAUCUCAAGCUCUGCACUUUCAAAUUGAUUAUUUUAAUGGCACUGAUUUAUGGGGUUGUGAAGGAUGCUAUGCUUAUGUGCAAAAGCAGUUCUUGUGUGAAGUGAAUUAAAUGUUUGUGUCGAUGAAACUGAAGUAAAUGGCAGAGAGCAAGUUACAGAUUUAAAAUAUAUUCAAAUCAGUUUUUCUUCCUUAAAAUUCAUUGCAAUAUUGGUUGUUAUCAUGUAAGUGCUUUGCAAACCAGGUGAUCAGUUUUGGUUCAAAGCAGAUACGUUAUGUUAUAUUUUUUGGUCUGCAACUUUUAACCUUAGUUCCAGCAUAUGUUCAAUGCUUUUGAAAGUUCAUUCCUUCAUGUUUUGUUAAUGAAAAUUGGAUGAGGUUUAAAGGGGUUUAAUGAGUGUCCUUGCCAAAAUAUUUUAUUUACAUAAAUAAAUGAAGAUGCAAUCAUUUCAGAGAAAACUUGAUCAAAACAUUUUGUGUUAUAAUUUGUAUUAGUAUUCUAAUAGGUUUUAUUGAAAAAAGGAUAGUGUGUCAAUUAAAAGAAGUAAAUAAAAAGUUGUGAAAUUUAAAAAAAAGUCAAGAGAUUGAUUGUUUGGCCGAUAUGUGUUAGCAAAGAUAUUGGUGUGGUUUUCAAGAAUCAUAGUGUGCCUAAUUUUUAAUGCAGGUACUAGACAUUGCUUUGAGGUGCAUUUUCCAUUGUUGUGUAAUGGAAUUUUGAUUUGUGUGAAUGUAUGAGUGUAUGUAUAAAUUCUCUAUUCCUAGAACAAAAAAAUUGACAUUAAAGUGUGUGACUUUUUUCUCUCCCUUUAUUGUAUCAGAUGUUUUACAUACUUUAACAAUGUAAGUUUAUUAUUGUAGAUACAUUGAAAGUAGAGGUCUAUUUAUAUUAAUGCAUUUGAAAGCUGACAUUAAUGUUUUGCUCUUAUUCUCUCUGAAGUGUUUGAUAUUUGAUUGUUGUCAUGAUAAUUCAUUUGUUGGAUUUAUUUGUUCUGAUGCAAGGUAUUCUAUAAACCACCUUCAUUGAAUCAUUUGUAUCAUUGUAAUAACAUUUUAUUGUUGAAAUGAUAUUAUUAUAUGAAUGUAUUGUGAUUCUUAAAAAAUAAUGUUGGAAAAAAACCUGUAUCUCCAACAAGAUUUUACAAGUAAAGUUAUUACCAAUGAUUUUGUUAGUGCAUUUGUAGAUUUCCAUGGUCAAAUGUGAGGCAGCUUCUAUAUUUAUUUUUUUAUGAACUGGUGAGAUGUGUAUUGAUUUUUGUAUCACCUAAACUUGGUUGUUUAUAUUUGUGUCCGCUGAAUGUGAAGACUUUGUAAUAAGAAAUUCCUCUCUAAGCGUAGAAGUGCAAAGAGAUUAUUGUAUAUUGUAAGUUCGAUUUUUAUUUGGGAAUUAUGAAAUACAGUAAAAUGUAAUUAGCUGCCAGCAUCUUAAAAUUCUUUGGAGUUCAGAUAUUGUUUCAAGAGAGUUCAUUGUCAAUUUAAUAUUGAAUAUUUCUUGAGCAUAUUAUCAAAUUGAAUGUUGAAUGUAAACUUCUAAGGAAUAUCUGUUGAAGAAUGACUUGAAACACGCUUUGCUUGUACAGUUGUGCAGGUCAGUAUUCUUUUCACUCCUCGUUGAAUGUGAUCUCAAUUUUUGCAGUUUUUUGAAGAAAAAAUUAUUUAGAUCACCAGAGUACAGAACAAGAAUCCAAUUUAUUAUAUUCCAAAAUAAAAUGGAAUGCAAUUAACAGUAAAUACUUUUAUGACUUUAUUUCAAAUUGGUUAGGUUUUUUGCACCUUAAUAUAAGUUAUGCAGUAACUAAUUUGUUCUGUGUACUUGUAUGUAGGGGAUUAAAAAUGGCAUUGGCAUAGUGCAAUGAUAUUUAAUGGAAACUGGUGAUUUUUUCUUGCAUUUUCUCUUGUUGUAUUUUAGACAACUCAAUGACCUAAGUAAAGUUAAUGAAGUGUGGAUAGAUAUUCUGCUGAAUGUCUGAAGGUUUUUUUCUCCUGUAGGUUUGGUACUUCCUUUGCUGAUCCUGUGUUAUAUGUUCUAGUCAUUUACAUCUCACUAUUUAUUUUGUGGAAGAUGUGUCCCUUUUUAAGUCUUUAUGUUAAUGUCAUGUCAUAUUAAGUUACUUCAAUUAUUGUAAACAUCAUAAUUUUGAGUAUGUACUGUUAGUCUAGUCCUCAAGAACAUAUGUAUCAUAACAUAUGAACAUGUAGUGGUUGGAACUUUGACAAAUUAUAUUGAAAAGAGCUGAUUACAAAUUAAUUGAUGUUAGAUUUUUGGGAGUCUUCAGUAUAUUGAAGAUAACAUCAUUCAUAUUUGGUUGUAAUAGAUUAAGAAUUGUCAGUGUCUGGGAAAGAAAGUGUGCAUUUUUGUUUCAUUUAUGAAAAAUCCCAGUUACUUGCAGUAGAAAGAUGUAAAAUUUGUUAUCACAUAACAUGCUUGACCUGAUUCUUUCAGCCAAACAGCUGAGAAAUUUAAUGUCGCUCAUAAUUUCUGAAUAAGAAAUGUUUUUAAUAUGUUAAAACUUGCCAUGUAUUAUCUUUAGUGAGAUUUUUAAUUUUGCACAUAUCAGGUAGUCAUCAGUUUGUUGUCGUGUGAACAUGCGUAUCUCCAUAUGUUAAUUGCAGUUGAUACCUGAUAUUAAAAACAUUUCUAAAGUUGAGUUUGCACAUGGAGUUGACAAUUUUGGGUAACUGGAAAUUCUUUCAAUAUUAUCCAUUUCUUUCUUAAAUUGUUUGUAUUAUCUUGAAAUGCUUUAGUACUCCAUGACAGAUGUCAAAUGUGUGUAUAGCUUUAGUUUUUUAUGACAUGCUUUUGCAUAUUGUUUGAAGGCUGAAUUUCUGAUGUGAUUUGGGGUGAAGUCUACCUCUGUGUCUAAAUAAGAUCACAUUUGUGAAUGGAGAGGAAAAUACUGAUUUAAGAACAAAAUAAUUGCUCACUGAAUGUGUGCUAUUGCUUGUUUAUGUACCUUACAUGAUUGGGAGCUUUGCAUUUCAGGUCAAUAAGUAGAUUAUAAUGUUGUGUUUUGUAUUUUUCUUGUAUGGAAAGAUUAGAUUAAAAUUGUGGUGCAUUUGUGAGGUGUGUUCUGUUCCAAAGAUGUCCGGUGGAACUCAUGAAACUCAUUCCAUUAUAGUUUUAUCUUUUUAUUAUUAAAGCAGUUAUUAUUUUUGUACCUCUAUUUCAUAUAACAUUAUUAUUACUCUUCAGAAUAACUUAAAUUAAAUAAUUUUCAAAAUCAAUUCUCACCUGCAAAUUAGUGACCUAAUGUCAGUUCUUUAAGAAUUGUAAUGUGGGAGAUUCAUAUCUUAUAAAAGAUACACGUUUUAUAAUAUUAUUUAAGAAAAAUUGUAAUGCCAUUAUUAUUUAAUAAACAAUUAGUUUUCAAUUUUAUCAAUUGAAUUCAGGUUAAUGACAAUGGGUUAAUGGUUAAAAUAUGCCCUGUUGUCCUUAAUUACUUUAGAUAUGUAUGUUUGUAAUUUAAAGAAGAAGAUAACUUUCUGUAAUAGGUAGAAAAUUAUUGUAAUGAAAGGAAUAUAUGAGAAACAUGUAUUUUAGGUCAUUGAUAAAAAAAUCUAUAAAAUUGCAUGUUUCUCAGAAUAAGAUUUGCUUUUAUGAUGAUGCUUCUUCUUCUUUCUUUGUUGGGUGUGUCGCAUGAUUGUGUUUGCAAUUUAAAAUUGGAUGAGAAUAAUUGUUAGAAUUUUAUAUUUAUGCUUCUCUAAAUUAUAUGCUUAUUUAAUAUCAAUUAAGAAGACUGUAUACAGAAAUGUGUAGCUUUUUAAUGUGUAGUUUAUUAUAGAGUUUCAUCCCACUAAAUAUUUUUAGCGCAUUAAUAGGUACUGAGGUACCACUUAUAUUUGAUUUUAGAUGAUAAUUUACAUUGGAUUGUCAUAGUGCUUUAUGAUUUAAUAUGUCGGUUAGGUGGGUUUUUGUGUAAUUGACUAAUGUUGGACUGGAGACACCAAUGCAAGAAAGAAGAUUGAGUAUUUUUUGCAUUUGGAGAUGGGCAUUUGAAAUUGUAUAUAGUAAAUGUUUCAAGAAAAGGCAAUGGAGAAUCUCAGUUUUUGUGAUAGUGACUGUCCUGGAAUCCAAGUCUCUUUCAUGUGAAAAAAUACCUAAUUGACUACCUGGAUUUUCUGUUUAGUCUGUGUCAUUGUGUGUCAACUAGCAGUUAUAAAGAAAUGUUUAAGCAGCCAGGGAAUUGAAGCACUGCAUUGUGACCUAAACAGCUUGCAGAUUAGCCAGUUUUUUAAACACAUAUUGAUUCUGUGUAUAUAAUGAGACGCAUGUACAUUUUUUUAAAGCCAAUUUGUAUUUGCAUGUAUUCAACUGUUAUGUAUAUGUUUGAUGUUCAGAGAUGUCCAUGGUUGACAAAUAUGAACUAUAAAUUAAACAGUAUUAUAGGUUUACAAUUUAUUUUGUUUUUUCUUUCCCUUUUCUUUUCAUUUGAAUUUUGUCUUCUCCUUUGCAUUUGUAACCUCAUAGCCAUUAAUGCAUUAAACUGUGAGAGUUUAUGUAUGUGUACCUAAUACUCAUUCUCAUGCAGUCAAGGAGAUUUCAUGAACCUGCCAAACAUAGUGGAUAUGGGUUGCAUUAAAAUCAGGGGCAAAUCUCACAUAUAUAAAUGCAUGUAUUUCCAAUAUAUGCCCUUUCCCACUCUACAUUCUUUGACAAAAUGUGAUCAUUUUCAACCAUUCUACAUGCUUUAGAAGUUUGUAACAAGUAUUCUGAGAUUCCCUGUGUAUGUGUGUAUUCAUUUAUCUAUUUAUAGAUAGAUACGUACGUAUAUACAAACAAGCAAGAAACUUACUAAGUCCAAAAAGUUUUUCCAAAAUAAAUCAAGUUUAAAAUAAACAUGUUAAAUUUGUCUUCUCAAAAAAAUUUGAUUAAUAGGACAUAAAAGAUUUCUUUUACUAGCAUUUCAAUACAAUGCUUUUAAGUCACAAAAACAAUCAGGUCCAACAAUGCAUUUUUGUGUACAUUUUCACUGGUCUGUGACAUUGUUAAAAAAAUAAUAAUUGACAAUUUAGUCCUCCCAAAUUCCAGGACUUUUUCUAUUUUAAUAAUAAAAAAAUAAAUAAAAUAUGACUUGGCAAGUCCAAAACAUAAAAAAAUGGACUUAGUGAAUUUCAUUGUAUAACAAGAUGUGUUUGUGCAUUUGGUACAUAGGUAUAUAACAAAAAUUUGAAUUAAGCAAUGUGUGCAACUUAUAAUAAUUUUUGUUGAGGUUUCAUGAUCAUUGUUUGAAAACAUUUAUUAUUGCUUUCUGUUCAACACAGUCAUACAAAAAGGACAAAUUGAUACAACAAAAUUGUAGCAAUAAAUUUGUUAGGAAUAUUGGAAGGAUUUCUUAUAAAUCCUAGUAGGCUCUGUUCUCAAUGCGUCAUAAAAACAGAAUUCCAACUCUUGAAAUCCCCUCUCCUACUUAUUUAAUGUGAAUGAAUUGUGAAGCAUCAAUACAUAAAUAGCUGUUGUGAGUGAUUCCUUUGCAAAUAUUUGUAGCAUGUAGGAAUAACUGUUCCAUGUCAUCUUUAAAUUUUAUGAGAAUUCAUUUUAUUUGGAAGAAAUGGAUCUAUUUAGAGGCAUUUUCCAUUACUCUCUUCCCCCCAAAAUGCAACAGAUGUACAAACUUCCACAGGUGAUUGCAAGUGUAUUAAGCAAAUUGAAUGAUGGCAUUGUACGGGUAUAUAUUAUGUCAGGAAAUCUGAUAAUUAUUUAUUGAUAAAUGUGUCUUGGAGUUUAAAUUUUCACUAUUUUACUCAUCAGUGUUCGGAUAUAUUAAGAAAGUUCAAAGGAUAUAAAAAGAAGUCAGAUGCUAAUAUUUUCAAUUAAUAGUACUCUGUAUUAUCCAAGAUUGAAGAAAAUGUACAGUUUUAUAAUAAUACGUAGUUGCUUUUCUGGGAAAAAACUUUAGUCAGAAUUCUUGUUUUUCUUCGUUCUUUUACCAUUUGGUGUAAUUCAGGGUUUGGAAAUCCAGUAAAUUUUUAUAAACUAUUAGUGUAUUUAUUAAUUAGAUUUUUUUCCCUUCGACUUUGCCUAUUGGUGUGCUCAUGAAAACCAAAGAAAGGGUAAAUAAUCAGAGUAGUUUAUUCAAUAUUAAAUCAACAUUUAAAAUCUAUUCAUUUUUGCUCUAUUGAUUUAAAAUUAUUUCUAGUAAUUAUAUAACCUUUCUUGCAAAGUCAUACUACUUUCAACAGUGUAAAUGCAAUGAGAUGCAGUAGUAACACUCUUAGAUGUAUUCAAUAACAAUUCAUAUUGCAAAAAUGUAUUUGUUAUACUAUCAUUAAAGGAUUAAAUCAAUGAUACAUGAAUAAUUUUAAUAUUUAUAUUUGUGAAAAGUGUAACUAGAAAAAACAAAGUAGACUGAAAAGAAAAUACCUUCAAUGUUACUUGUAUUAUUUUGACUAUUUUCAUUAUCACAAAAAUUGUAUUUUCUGAAUUAAUACAUUCCUUUGUACAGAUCUUGUUAUUUUGAAAUUAAUAUUUCAGCUUGUCCAGCUAAAAAUGUUUGUUUUCAGCUUAUAUAAUGGAUUGCAAUUGAUUUAAAUAAAUAAAUAACUCAGGUUUCUCUAAGAAAGAAAAGAUGUAAAAUUAACCUGUUUAAUGAAGGUUUGUUUUCUCUAAAUAAUUUGGUUGUGCAAUACUUCUGGAAAAGGUUAUUUUAAAAUGAUAAAUUAAUGAACCCAAAUUGCACACGUAUUGUGCUUAAUUAAAACUUGAUUGAUUUUUAUAUAAAAUUAAUCAAUCAGAUGUUCUCAAAUAGAUGAUCUAAAUGAAAACACUGCUUAAAUGCUUCGAUGGUUAUGCCUUGGGAUCUACAAAUGUCAAUCCUAUAUUAGUAUUUCACCUGGGCAAUAUAAAUGAUCUCAUUGUGUGUAUACUCAAAGAAAUCAUAGCAAGUGCUUGAUGCUUCUUUUCCUCAUUUAUAUUGCUGAUUUUGUAUUUCAUACUCAAAAAUUAUUUCAUAUUGUAUCAUAUUUUCAGAAAUUCUAGAUGUAAUAAAUACUUCAGUUCGAGUUUCAUUUCAAGAAUAGGUUCAUAGGAUUGGCAUUUGCAAAGGACAACUAGGAGUGACAGUAUAAUAUUGUAUUAAAGUAACACAGAAGAUGAAAAUCAGUGAGAAUGCUUAUGUUUUCUUCCUUUAUUAAUCAACUGAAAGCUUAAUUUUGAACUACAGCAUUAGGGAGCUAAUGUUAAUAAAUCUAAUACGAAAUAAUGAAGUAUACAUGUAAACAAUAUAGACAUGAUGUUAUUUACAGUAUUAUUGUAAUGCAUGUAAUUAUGUGGAAAAUGAAGGAAAAUGAAAUAUUUUACUGUGUUCUUGAGUGAACAAUUGGAUCUCACAAAAAUAAAAUAUUACAGCAAUGAGAUUCAACUCAUCUAAUCACUGCUUGUUGAGACUGUGACUUUUCAGUACAAAAUGCUUCAUAGUCUUCCUGAAUAGUAUAUAAUACCACUCAUAAAGUCGAGUCUAUCAGAUGCUCUAAAAGUGAUAUUAGUAUCAAAAAAAGGGAGUUCUCUGCUCUACUUGAAUUUUCCUUCACUACUAUGAGAUUUGUAAAGGAACAAAUUUGUUUGGAUGUUCUUUAGUAGUUUUCCAUGAAAAAUUCUUUCGUAAUAAAAACAUUGACAACAUUCUUAAAAAUGAAAAUCAGAAAAUGUAGGAAACCAAAGAUGGCUUAUGACCAGUGGUGGUACAGGUUCAAUGGCAUUACAAUACUGAAUACUGAAAAACAAACAAAAAUAUUAAGUAGUCAGUUUCUGAUAGGGAUAUGUGGAGUUUUUGUACAAAGUAAAAUAUUAUAGGAAAGAUAUCUUUAAGACCAGAGGCUGGAUUGUACAAGUGUAUUUUGUUAAUCAGUAAAUGUGAAAAUCAAUGUUACUCACACCUCUGUAGUUUAAAAUGCCAUAUACUGUACUGUUCCCUUUUUUACUUUCCUGUAUACGUGCGUAUAUACGAAGUAAUAUACGUAAUAUAGAGAAAGUUAUGUAAUGCUGCGGAAAAUUGAUUUCGAGAUUUAAACUGAAAUACACGUUUUGGGGUCC